GAAACUCAGCGAUUGGACAACGGAAAAACAACAACACAUCGGGCCAGGCCACGGAAAACGACGAUCAUUGAGGAUUUGAGCAACUGCGGUUCGACUACCGAAUUUUGCACGAGUUAUGAAUGUCAACAUAAACAUCACGAUAGCGGGAAAAACAAGCCGUCACAGUUCAUGUCAGAUCACUUACGUUCCAGAAGCAGGAUUGUCACCGGCAUAGCUAAUGGCACCGGAUCAUCCUUUGAUUCUAAACAGUUACAAAGAUCUUAUAGAACUCAUGCGAAUAGCCAUAAUAAAAUACACCCCAUGUGUUUUGAUGUGGAGACCGACAACGCCAUGGCGGAGACGAUGUUGACAAAAGACGGGAGGGCCUCAUCAAGCUCAAGAAUCACGA